AUGAUGUGGCUUAUCUUGUUGGUGGCGGUACUCAUUUUGACGCUUGUGUACUGUCGCUACAAGGCAUCCACGUACGACACGUUCAAGAAGAUGAACAUAGACUCGCCUCCAACCUCCUUGUUCCUAGGCAACUUUGGCCAGGCUAUGAAGCAAGGCCUGUUCCGAAUGCAGCUAGAAUUAUAUCACCAGUACAAAGACAAGAAGGUAUACGGAGUCUUUGACACAAACAGCCCUAUCCUAAUGGUCAAAGACCUGGACAUGAUUAAAGACAUCAUGGUGAAAUCUUUCAACAACUUCGUCAACCGUCGAGUCUUACUUGACGUCGACUCCCCAGUCAAAGACAACUUACUGACGCUGAAAGGCGAUCACUGGAAGCACGUUAGAAGCACCGUCAGUCCCACCUUUAGCUCGGGUCGCAUCAAAAGAAUGUCCCAACACAUAGAAAGAAAUUCAUGUCGUUUGGUCAACGUCUUACGCGGAAAACAGGAAAGAAAUGAAGACGUGGAACUCAAAAACAUGUUUUACAACUUUACACUGGACGUGAUUGCUAGUACUGGAUUUGGCUUGGACGUUAACACAAUAGAAAACCCGGACAACCCGUUCGCAACCCACGCUAAAAAGUGUGUCACGCCUUCAACUCUGGUUUUGCUGCUGGCUUUUCUCGCUCCAAGGUUGCUGAAGCUGCUGUUGAAGACUGGAGUGUCUGUUUUUUCCUCAGAGUCGUUGACAUAUUUGAUUAAAGUAGUUGACUCGGCCAUGGAGAGUAGAAAAGAAGAGGGACAAGCGGGAAAAGUCAAUGAUUUUAUGGAUCUUCUUAUAAACGCAGAAAAAGAACCAGAAGACGCUGGGAAAGAGCAGUUGACGAAAUCUGAGAUUCAUGGACAAGUACUGAUCUUCAUCUUCGCUGGUUACGAAACAGUUGCCACGGCUCUUUCUUUCACGCUAUUCCUUCUGGCCACACAUCCCGAGUGCUGUAGGAACGUGCAGCAGGAGAUUGACGAGAAACUUGGCAACCAAUCCCCCAGCUACGACAACGUCCAAGACCUCACUUACAUGGACAUGUGUAUCAACGAGUCUAUGAGAAUGUUUCCUCCAGGAUUCCUCAUUGACAGAGUCUGCACUGAAGACACAGUCAUCCAGGGAAUUCCCAUCCCUAAAGAUAUGGUUAUCACAUUCCCUAUCUACGCCAUCCAUCAUGAUCCAGAUAUUUGGCCUGAGCCAGAAAAUUUUCAGCCUGAAAGAUUCAGCUCGGAGAAUAAAGAAUCUCGCCAUCCCUUCGCCUUUCUGCCCUUCGGAAACGGUCCCAGAAACUGUAUUGGCAUGAGAUUAGCUUUACUAGAGCUCAAAGUCACAAUUGCUCACAUCCUUAAAGCUUUCACCCCAAUCCCUUGUGAGAAAACGGUUUACCCGGUGAAACUUAACAAAUAUCAGCUGAAAGCUGACGAUGAUUUGUGGGUUAAAUUUGAAGCUAGACAAUAG